AUGCUUGGAGACGAUGAAGAUAUCUUCGACAGCGUCACCUGGGAGUCUCCUGCAGCGCCAGCCACCGAUGUUGGCGGACCCUCUGCGCAUAUUGGUCCUGGAUACCGCCAAAGCACAUCUGAGAGCGAUGAAGGAAGGGGGCCUCACGAUCCAAAAUGGGGGGGUUAUCUCAUAACGAGUGUGAAAGACCCAGUUAAGGAGCUCGCCGAGACCAAGGAUGCAUAUGUUUCGUACUUGGUCUCCGCGAAGGCGAGUCUUGUCGUCGUUUCUACAUCAACCGGAUGCUUGAAUCUUCUACAGACCAACUUGCCCAUGUUCUCAACACCCAAUCCCUCAUCAAGGAGGCGCUUUCAGGAUUUUGUGUUCCUACGCGACCAUCUGGCCAAAGACUUCCCAGCAUGUGUGGUCCCUCCACUGCCGGACAAGCACAGGCUUGAAUAUGUGACGGGAGAUAGGUUCAGUCCGGAAUUCAUGGAGCGACGCCGAUUAGACCUCCAUCGAUUUUUACAGCGGCUUGCACGCCAUCCGACGCUGCAGCGGAGUACGCUUCUCCGCGCGUUCUUUGAGUCGACGGAAUGGCACGUCCACAUGCACCAACAUGUUGCCCAUCCACCGGGUCCUGAAUCUUCCACUGGCAUGAUAGACACCAUAUCCGACACCCUUCUCAACGCUUUCUCUCGUGUACGCAAGCCUGACGAGCGUUUUCUCACGAUGCGCGAGUCCGUCGACAAAUUUGAGGAAGGAAUUGCAAUCUCCGAACGUCUUUGGAGCCGAGUGCGGAAUCGAACAAAUGUCUCUGAGGCUGAAAGAGAUGGCGGUACUGUACCGGCGGAAGAUCUCACCGGCGACUAUCAUGAUCUUGCGGUCGCGGUGCAAGGAUUAGGGUUUUUGGAAUCGGGGAUUACGGACCCGUUGAACCACUUCUCAAACACCUUAUUGGAAUUUUCUGCACUCUUACGACACACGACGCAUACGACAUCCGAUCCGUUCCUCGUACACCUCCACUCAUUACUCACUUACUCACACGCAAACCGGGCGGUCCUUAAGCUCCGAGACCAAAAGCAGAUGGACUUCGAAGAGCUCUCCGACUACCUGUCAGGUGUCACCUCGGAGCGCGACAGGCUCGCAGCCGUCAUUAGUGGUCACGCCGGAAGUACUGGCCUUGGUCUUGGUGCAUACCUCAAAGACAGGGUAGAUGCAUUGCGUGGAGCUGAUGAUGAUAGGAGCCGCGUCGAAAAGAUGCGCAAGUUGGAUGGGAAGAUUAAGGAGCUUCAAGAUGCAGUCACAACAGCGCAUGAGACGUCUGAUGCCUUUAGUGACGAAGUCCUCUGCGAGCAAACUGUCUUCCAGUAUUCCAAGGACGCUGAAAUGAAGGAGAUGUUUGGUAAUUUGGCAGAUGGUCAAAUUGAGUUUUAUAAGGCGGCAAUGGAAGAGUGGGAGCGCAUCAUACCCAUUAUUCAGCGCAUUCGAGUGGACGUUUAA